CAUGUCUUCAACGGUUCCGAACUAUGUGAACCUAGGCAAGGAGAAGAAGACGAUCAAAUCAUCUCAUAUUCCGUAUUAUGUCAAUUUACAAACCACUGUCAAACCUCCACCCUUUUACGUGAAUAUUGAUCAAAGGUCGGAUAACAAUAAAAGUAAAGAUGAACAAGAGGAAGAUAUAGUCAACAAGGACGACGAAUACGGAUAUUGUAGUGAUAAGGAUGAGUUGAAAAAGGAAAGUCUUUCACCAAUUUCUUCUUCUACGUCCAAUUCAACUCCAACUUCUUCGUCAUCUUCACCAUCCACUUCUACAGAUGCCGAUUCGGAUAACUGCCCCUCUGCUAAGAGAGGUAGUGUUAUAUACGUAGAAAAAACAGAAGUCGAGGACGGCCACUUAAAAAUGGUUCGUAGAAACAGAAUAAAAAAUAAGUAG